CUGUUCUUCUCUCCCGACGCCUUCCGUCGCGAUUCACUGCGCAACCACGCAACCGAGUCGCCGCCAUGGGUUGUUGUCAAGCCUCCGUUUCACAUGCUUCAGAACUCCAGGUCGCCGCUGGCAACCUGCCCGCACGGCCUCCAGGAGCCGUGGGGCCCUUCCUUCGGAUGCUCUCCGUGAACGAUGUCUACAUGUUGGACAACUACCCUCGCUUCGCGGCCGCUGUGAUGGAGGCCAAGAAGCAGAGCAAAGCUUUGCAAUGCGUCGUGACCUCUCACAUGAAUGGCGACUUCUUGUCUCCCUGCCUCUUCACAGCUCUGGAUGGUGGCACCACGAUGGUGGACGGCUUGAAUUACGCGCAGUUGGACUAUGUCUGCUUGGGGAAUCACGAGUUCGACCUGGGCAAGAAGCAACUGGCGACACAGUUGAAGGCCUACAAAGGCAAGUUGCUGAACACCAAUUGCACGGACAAGGAAUUGGAAGACUGGCCCACCUACGAUGUGGUGGACGUGGGGAACAAGAAGAUCCUGAUGGUUGGCCUUUGCCUCGGUGAUCCCUCCAUCUAUCCUGCCGACAGCACUCCUGACAUGAAAGACUUCGUGCACUCCUGCAUGGCCGCUUGGGAGGACUGCGCGCGGAAGAAGGUGAACAUCGACCUCAUUGUGCCCAUGACCCAUCAGCUCAUUGAGGAUGAUCGUUUGCUGGCGGAGCAGUUCGAGAUGCACGAGACCAUGAGCGGCAAAGCACCCGUGAUCUUGGGAGGCCAUGAACACGAGGUCUUCGAAGAGGUGGUGGCGGACUCGCUGAUCGUAAAGACCGGGCAAGAUGCCGCGAAGAUCGCCGUGGUGGAUGUGUGGUGGACCUCCAAUGGAGUGAAGUCUCGUCACACCAUGGUGGAUGCAGCGAAGUUCACUGGGGAAAGCUCGGCAGAGAAGUGGGCGCAAAAGAAGAAGGCUUUCAUGCAGAAAGCCAUGGAGGCGCCGAUCAUGGAGCUGCCCAAGGAGAUGUCGAGUCAACAGGUGCGUUUCGAAGCGUCGGACCUGGCCUCGUUCCUGCUGGAGAAGGUCAAGAGGGGCACCUCGGUCGAAGGAGACCGUCGUCGACCUACGGGGGUGAUCCGACGGGACCGACAGGAGCGACAGGUUCACACGGGGAAGGCCAGGUGGAAGGCCGGUGACUCGGGGUUGGUCGGGGAAGGCAGGGGACCAGUUCCGAAGUCCGGCGCCACCUGUCCGACGCAGACGUCACGUGAAGUCCCUCUCGCUGUGGGGCAUCGCGGCGGUCUCGCUGCAUCUGCAUCUGCAGCCGAUUUUAAGUGGGCUCUGUCUGUUGUCGCCACACCAUCGUCAGUCGCUGUUUCUCAUGGCGCAGAUGCCGGAGGUGGAGAAUGGGCAAAGCGAGUUCGGACAGAUGGACGCGGGUCGUGGGGUGCGAGGGGUCUUGUACAUCAUUUGCUUCACGCUUCUCUUCCUGUGGGCCACUCUAGGCUAUUUCUUGGUCUACAUCCAAUACCUCCCCCCAGACCCCACGGACGACUACUGUGGUAUCACCGCCUUCCUGUGCUUGUGGUUGAGCGUCUUCGCCUUCGUGGAUAACGUGGGAG